AUGAACACCCGCUUCCUCGCCCGCGCCGCGACACCCGCCCGCGCCCUCCGCGCCGUCGGAGCGCCCUCAUCUUUCCGCGUGAUUGCCGUGCCCCCACCACACGCGGUUCCGUCCCACUCGGCCCAGUCGUCCCUGGCCGCAUCGUCAUCGCGCGCUUUCGCCACGUCCGCGCCGGCACUCAAGAAGGCGGCCAAGACCAAGAAGGGCGGGAAGAAGGGCAAGGAUGUGGUGGAGGAGGAGGACGACGACGAGCUUGUCAAGAAUAAGGGCAAGGGAAAGAAGGGCAAGAAGGGCAAGAAGGAGGACGAGGGCGAGGAGGAUAAGGGGUUGACACCGGAGGAGAUCGACGCUGUGGAGGUCAAGACGAAGGCUAAGAUGGACAAGGCGGUGGAUUGGGCGCGGGGGGUGGUGUACGAGGGCGUGCAGCGGGGACUGGGACAUGUGUCACCUGCCAUCCUUGACAACAUCAAAGUUACGACUGACUCUGGCACCGUGUCGCUCAAGUCUGUUGCCUCCGUGACGGCCAAACAGAACACGUUAUUUGUCGACGUGUGGGACGCCGACACCGCCAAGGCCGUCUCGAGCGCCAUCCACAGUGCCAACCUCCCCGGCAUGAGCCCUCAACAGGAUGGCAACAGCAUUCGCAUCCCCGUAUCCCGGCCAACGAGCGAGGUGCGCCAGUCGAUCCUGAAGAAUCUGCACGAGACCAUCGAGGCCGCCAAGAACCAGGUGCGCGUCGCGCGGUCAGAUAGCCUCAAGGCUCUCGGCGGACGAGGCGAGGAUGGCACAGACGCUGUGCAGAAGCUCGCGGACGCCGCAACGGCCGAGCUCGAGAAGAGCAUGCAGUUGGCCAAGAAGGAGCUCGAGAAGUAG